UGGUCAGCACCAAGUUCCGAUGCUGUCAGAACUAAACAAUUACGGUGUGAAAGCCUGAAAGGGAAGUGUUUUCUUUGGGCGUUCAGAGUUCAGAUUUGUGGGGGGGAGCAGAGGCCGCCGGAGAAGACGAACACGCCGCGGCGUGCGUGCCCGACUCUCUGCUGCUACCGGAGACCCGACGACGCUGCGUGCGCACGUGACGUGCGUUCGAACCCGUGCGGCGGCUGGCCGGCCAAUGUGUAACUGAGAAGGAACUCAACCGCGCGCACGCCGCCUCGGCUCUUCUUGGUUCUUGCAUAUACACUAUAUACUAUAUUAUAUAUGUCUCUAUAUAUGUAACCCCUGCCAGUGCCAGCUUGCUGACUUGACCACUAAGCUUUGCUUGCAGGCUUGCAGCUUGCCCAUCCAGUUCUGCUGGACCGACAAGAUAGCUGCUAGUCAACUGCUGCUUGCAGUGAGAUGGAGAGAGAGAGAAACCCAUCAGCCAUGGAUGUGGAGAGCUCCCCGCCGGCGACCGCCGUCGACUGCCGCGGCCGCCCCUGCCGCCCGCGCCGGCACGGCGGCAUGCGCGCCGCCGUCUUCGUCCUAGUGUUCCAGGCGGCGCAGACGAUGGCGCUGGCGGCGGUGGGGAGCAACCUGAUCACCUUCGUCUUCGGCGAGCUCCACUUCCCGCUGUCGGAGGCGGCCAACGUGGUGACCAACUUCGUCGGCACCGUCUUCAUCCUCUCCCCGCUCGGCGGCUUCCUCUCCGACUCCUACGCCGGCUGCUUCUGGACCCUCCUCGCCUUCGGCGCUGUCGAGCUCGCGGGCUUGAUAUUACUGUCGGUACAAGCUCAUCUACCACAGCUAAAGUCGGCGCCGUGCAACAUGCUGACCAUGGUCGGCAGCUGCGAGCGGGCCCGCGGCUUCAAGGCCACCAUCUUCUUCGUGGCGCUCUACCUGGUGGCGCUCGGCAGCGGCUGCGUCAUGCCCAACAUGACCACGUACGGCGCCGACCAGUUCUCCGGCGGCGGCGCGUUCGAGAAGGACGCCAAGAGGCUCUCCACGUACUUCAACCUCUCCUACUUCGGCUUCUGCGCCGGCGAGCUCGUCGCGCUCACGGCGAUGGUGUGGGCGCAGACGCGCUACGGUAUGGACGUCGGGUUCGGCCUCGCCGCCGCUGCGUUGGGCGCCGGGCUCAUCAGCCUGGUGUCCGGUGUCGUGUUCUACCGGAACAAGCCGCCGCGGGGCAGUAUCUUUACUCCGAUUGCAAGGGUUUUCGUUGCUGCCUUCACCAAGAGGAAGCAAAUCUGCCCUUCUGGCUCCUCCAAUCCUGCCAAUGGCGGAGCCGGCGAUCCGGCGGCGCCCGUCGACGACAACUUCCGUCACGCCAAUAAAUUCAGGUUCUUGGACAAGGCGUGCAUCAGGAUCGCGCCGGAGCCUGACACGGAGCCGGAGAGCCCGUGGCGGCUGUGCACGGCGGCGGAGGUGCGGCAGGCGAAGACGCUCCUCGCCGUGAUGCCCAUCGUAGCGUGCACCGUCGUCUUCAACACCGUGCUGGCGCAGCUGCAGACCUUCUCGGUGCAGCAGGGCAGCAUCAUGGACACGAGGCUUGCGCCGGGCUCCUCCUCCUUCGCCAUCCCGCCGGCGUCGCUGCAGGCGAUCCCCUACGCCAUGCUCCUGGCGCUCGUCCCGACCUACGAGCUCCUCCUCGUCCCUGUCAUGCGGCGGCUCACGGGCACCCGGUCCGGGAUCACCCCGCUCCAGCGCAUCGGCGUGGGGCUCUGCGUCGUCGCGCUCUCCAUGGCCGCCGCCGCGCUCGUCGAGCGCCGCCGCCGGGACGCCUCCGUCUCCGGCGGCGGGAGGCUCUCGGUGCUCUGGCUCGUGCCGCAGUUCCUCGUCUUCGGCGUGUCGGAGCUCUUCACCAACGUGGGGCUCAUGGAGUUCUUCUACAAGCAGGCGGCCGCCGGCACGAUGCAGGCCUUCUUCAUGGCGCUCUUCUACUGCUCCUUCUCCUUCGGCUUCUUCCUCAGCUCCGUCCUCGUCUCGCUGGUGAACAGGGCCACGGCGAGGGGCGGCCGCCGCGGAUGGCUCGGCGACAACGACCUCGACAAGGACAGGCUGGACCUCUUCUACUGGGUGCUCGCCGGGCUCAGCGUGCUCAACUUCUUCUGCUACCUGCUCUGCGCGAGGUGGUACAAUUCCGGUGCCGGCGGCGACCCUGAUGAAGCUUCCUCCGGCGAGGUCGUGUCUGAGGACGACGAUGAUGGCAAGGGGCUCAUCUGAACAAAUCAGGAAGGAGCAUGAUGAUACUAAAGUCUAAAACUGAUGAUGUAUAUGAGCACGUCCCUCCUUUAUUAGAAAGUAUACGAGGUUUCCUAUAUAGAAGAGUAGAUAUUAGCAUCCAUACAAAAGUGUGAUUGUGAUUGUGUGACACCAAUGAUUUCCCCAGAAAUUGGCCAAAGAUAUCAAUUGUGUUGUCUCUUGUUGUUAAUGAGCAAUUGUUAUGUUUGCAUA